UGAAGCGAGACAGCCGCCUGCCCUAGCGCCACCGCCUGCCUUUUUAAACAGAAAAUGGGUCUUGCUCAAACACUUCAUUUUUCGCAUCCUGGGUUUAAUCAGCACUGCCUGUGUGCGCCGGGACACCUGCCGCCCUGCGCCGGGGAGGGAGGCAGGCAGGCAGUCAGGUCCGUCCCGGCCCUGACGCGGGGCCACCUCACCGACGGUGCGACGGUGCGAGAGCCAGCAGCAGCGCGGCGGCUCACAGGCUGCCCGGGCUUUCUAGGAUACAGCAGCGGGGGCUCCCCCCGCCUCGCUCCGCCCCCGCACGGCCGGGCAGGGCCAGCAGGCGCGCAGCAGGUAGGCAGCGGUGGGGAUUCCCCUGGGAGCUGGCCGGUCCCGAGGGAACCCGCCUCCCCUCAGCGCCGGCCGCCUGCCCGUGACGGGGGAGGCGGCGCUUUCCCCGCAGCGGCGCGGCUGUUACGCAGCGGGAGCAGCCGGCGAGGGUGGGGGCGACCUCUGUGGCAAUGCCGGCCGGGGCGGGGGGGGAUACGGGACACACGACAUGAGGUGCCGCGCCCGCCCCCGAAAGCCGGGGUUGGCCGAGGGCGGCAGCGGGUUGGGAGAGGCGAGGAACGGACAGUGGUAGCGGGGAUGGCUUUCCUUCGUCGGUCGUGUAACAGGGCGGUUGGGGUCUGCUGGCUUGGGAUAAUCCGGGGGGAAAAUCCGUAGAGAUGCGGCGAUAGUCGUACUUUGUUCCGAUGUCCCGUUUUUGGGGCUGUGAGGUGGUGGUGUCUCUUGGGGGAGCUGAGGGCUGGGGACAGUUUAGGAGUGGGAGUGAAAUCUAUUUUAAAAGGUCAGCAUUUUCCUCCGCAAGCCGUGCGUGCGGCGUGUGGCUCGGUUUCUGAGAGAAAGCGUGAGAGCACCUUUCCUUUUACCAAGUUAAAUCUUGGCCCCUGGGUCUGGUGAGUCUCUUGCGAGCGCACCGCCCGCCGGUACCCCUCACCGAGCGGCUGGCCGGCAGCGCGCCCGGGCGCCCGUGACUGGCAGCGCGGUUCCUGCACCGCUGGGGAGCUACGGCCCCUUUCAAGUCAAUGUUUGCAGGAAUACGUAAGAAUUUAAAUGAAGAAUAUUGAAAAAUGUUUUGCUGUGAAUCACUGACAUCCCUCACCAGGUAUGGCAGCAAUCGGUUUUCCUAGAUCAAAAGUGAGACACUUGAUUAAGUUCUCUUGAAGAGGCAUGGCGUACCUUGCAGUUAAUAGAAGUGUUUAAGGUAAUAUGAAUAUAUAUUUUGUUAUGAUUUAAAACGUUUAUGAGUUUAUGUAGAAGAAAUGGUGUGAUACUGUGACUUUCUGUCAGUUCUCUCAAUUCUGAGAACACGACUGUUGCAUGUUUUAAUCUGUCCAUGUUUUUGAAUAAGACAUUGAAAGAAAAAGUGCCACAAUUGUGCAAAAAUCAGUGAAAGACAUGAUUCUUCAAAGUUCUGAGGAGACUAGGUUUUUUUUACAUGAGUAGAUCAACUUUUAAAGGACUAUAGAGCAGAAGAAAAGGUGGCUGUACCAAUUUAGUGACAGAUUUUAAUGAAACUUAUGCUUUACUAUGUGCUAUCAUGGAUGCUGUAAUUGUAAUUCAGAUGGAUGUAUCAUUGAAGACCUCUUUCAUACACUUGUGGUUUUUUUUAGUCUUAAAUUGAUACAAAUAUUUCCUUUCAGGGUGAAACUUUAUGGACAUGGCCUCAGAGAAAUGGAAUUUUUUCCUCUCUGGAAAAUUUGGGCAAAGAUAACUCCAGAUGAAUUCUGUCCUGAGUGGUAAAGCUCCACAGAUUGAUUGCAGACUCAAGAUGUGGACAAAAUGGCUGGGAAAAGGGAGAAAAUUAGCUGUUUAUCAUGGUGGAAUGUGGGAAACAUGACAGCAAAAACAUUGUUUUCAUGUAAUAUCACAACAGCAUUUCUGUCUUUAAUUAUUGCAGAGAAGUGUGAUGCCUAUGAUGUGAUGUUGAGGCAAAGUCUUGUGCCUGAUGGGCAACCUCUUGCUAUUAAAUGUUCACUGGAAAAGAGUUUGAAAAGUGAAGACUACAACUUAACAUGGUAUAAAGUUGGUAACCAAACAGCUGUGCCUAGAGACAAACUUUCUAGAAUUCAUCAGCAGAAGAAUUUAAUUUGGUUUCUCCCUGCAAUGUUGGAAGAUUCUGGAGAUUAUGAGUGUGUCAUAAGGAAUUUGACAAGCUGCAGGAAAAUGUGUACAAAAGUAACAGUUUUUGAGAGGAUUGAUAGCUUGUGCUUAAACGAAAAAUUUGCUGUAGAGGAGGUGAUAUUCACAUUAUCAUCUGCAAAGGUUGUGUGUCCACACUUGGAUUAUUUCAGGAAUGAGAAGAAUAUUCAGCCUGUUCGUUGGUAUAAGGACUGCCAGCUGCUGGAAGGGAAAAGGUUUGCCUUCUCAGACAGUGAUCUUAUCAUUUUUGAUGUGACUGUACAUGAUCAAGGAAACUAUACGUGUGAAACAACAUAUACCUACAAUGGAAAACAAUAUAACAUUUCACGAGAUGUCAGUCUGACUGUAGAAGUGAGCCCACCAAAAAAGCCCCCUGAAAUAUCUUAUCCAAGAAACAACUCCAUCGAAGUGGAACUUGGCUCACAGGUUACUGUGGAUUGCAAUACAACAGGUGCUGAUGGGUAUGAGGUGUUUUGGACAGGCAACGGUGUGUAUAUUGAUGUAUUUUAUGUGAGCAGAAUUUUUGCGAGUCCUUAUGAGGAGGAAACUUCUUACGAUGGACGCCCCAUGCAUUCUGUGAAACUAAUAAUUUCAGAAGUGAAUAGUGAAGAUUAUGAACAACCGUUUGUCUGUCAAGCUUCAAAUGCAUUUGGGCAGGUUGCAUCGUAUAUUAUAUUAAAACACAGAGUUCCUGAUGUACAAAGAUGGCUGACUGGAGGGCUUCUCUCUUUCUUAAUUUUAACAUUUAUUACUUUAAUUAUCUACAAGAUUUUCAAGAUUGACUUGGUGCUUUGGUACCGUAAUUCUGCCUGUGCCUUUGCAAGUAAGGAAGAUGGGAAAACCUAUGAUGCAUACGUCCUGUACACAAAAAGCAGCAGAGGCAGAAGUUUCCAUCGUCUGGAAACCUUUGUUCAUAGAAUACUCCCUGAUGUUUUAGAACAACAGUGUGGAUAUAAUCUCUUUAUAUUAGGAAGGGAUGAUUCACCGGGAGAAGCUGUGGUCAGUGUUGCUGAUGAAACUGUUAAGCUAAGCAGAAGACUUAUGAUUAUUUUGGGGUCGGAAGCAUCUAGCUGCUGCCUGUUAGAAGACACCUCUGAACAACAACUAGCUAUGUAUAAUGCUCUCAUCCGUGAUGGGAUUCAAGUGAUUCUUAUAGAAAUAGAUGAAAUACAGGACUACACAAGCAUGCCGGAGUCAAUCAAAUACAUUAAGCAAAAACAUGGAGCUAUCCAAUGGAAAGGGGACUUCUCAGAGAAAUCUUGUUCAGCAAAUACAAGAUUCUGGAAAUAUGUGCGCUAUCAAAUGCCAUCUAGGAAAAAGGUAUCUUAUUCUGAAGUGUAUUUGUUACCGCUAACUUUGAACAAUUCUGUAGCAAAGGGAAGUUAAGAUGCACUUACUAAAAUAAAACUGAGAAGGUAAUUCUGAAGUGUGGGGUUUUUUACACAAAUUCUUCAUGUUACAAAGUAAACGUUUUCUUCAAGGAGUAAAAACUACUCAUCCCUUCCCCAAAUUACACCCUAAAAGAAAAACUCUGUGCAACUUCAUUUUUGUUCUGGGUUUUGGGUAGUGGCACAAUUUGUUGUGUUAGUCUCACACAGAUAUGAGAAGUAAACGUUGCUGAUGGUGGUAGACUACAAAAUAAUCAUGGUCCAUAUAAAUGUAAUACCUACUGAAGAAGCAGCUGUGAAGUCCAUUUUUUUUUAAUUGAAACUACAGCUGAUAAAUUAAAAAUCUAUUUCUAUUGUCAGCAUUUUCCUAGUCAUUCUGUUGUUCUUGUUGCCUCUCCGUGAUUGUCUGAGUUCCUCAUUACUGCAAGAUUCUGCAAGUUUUGGGGUCCCCUCCUGAGCAACAUGCCUUGUCCUUGCUUCUUGAAGGGGUUGGGGAAAUACAUGACAUAACAGGUAUAUUUAAAACUCCUCACAACGCUUAAAUGUGUUUCAGCUGAACAGCUGGUACCAGAUGUGUUCAGCAAAUAGAAUGCAAUCCAUGGCUUUUUAGGCAUUUGUUGAAUAAUUCUACGAUAUCUGGUCUAUGGGGUGUUUCUAAACUUAGUCUCUUGAAAUGGCCAGGAAACUGAAAAUAUUUCAGAUUUCUUGCAAACUGGAAGCUUUCUAGCCUGUGCCGCUGCUCUGGAAACCAGAUGUUCUCAUUUUGUGUCUCAACUGUGCUAACUACAAGCACAGAAAUUCACUGAGAAUCUAUCAGAGGACUGUGCUUGGGCCAGGUAUCCUGCAGAGAGUGGAAAAUGGCCAGUUCUGAAACAUGACCAGGUGCUAAUGGCAAGAGAUAGCAUCUUGUCUACUUGUAAAAGAAGAAAUUAGUGGCAUGUGGCUAUAUCAAUCUGCUUGGAGUAGCUCGGUAUUUCUGGACCCCAAUCCAUUGUUCUCUGUGCAUCACCAUGAGAAAAUGACGUGCUGCUUCCUUUUCAAAGUGGUCUGAAGUGGCAAGAGUUUCCACCCUCUGAUCUUGAAGAGCAUCACCUGAAUGCAAAUGUGAAUUCUGCUUGCUUUUUUUGUUCUUUUCUGAAGUUAAGUGGGUUCAUACUAUCUUUAUUGCCAGGAUAGCCUCUGUCACUGAAUUCCUUUCAGCUUAUUCUCGUGUGUAUGCUGUAGAAUAUACUCUUCCUUGGGCUGUAUUGAUGGGAGAGAAAGCAAGGUCCAGGAGUGGGACAUAUGUUUAAAGUGAAAGGUUUGCCAUAGCAUUUCAUGAGACCUUUUUCUUUGAGAAGGUCUAGCAAUGCUCCUUAUGAGAGUUGUCUCAUUCUCCUGGCUGUGAGGUUUGCAGCAGUGUAAUUUUUCACAGCCUCCAUUGACUAGAGAUGACUUCUGGGAUGCCACCCAGAAAACUGAGAACAGAAUAGAUCCAUCAGAUGAGGUGCUGUUGUUCUAGUAGAUGUUGAAUCAGUCUUCUUUGGAAAUGCGUAAUGUUUAGGCUGGAAUCUUUAAAAAAUAAACUUAAGAAUCUAGCGUUUAGAUAAUCAUUAUUGUGGAAUUUUUA